AGUCGACAUGAAGUAACACGACGCACCAUCUCACAGUUAAAGCAUAGUCUUUUAACGAGUCGCACGUACGCAAGUACGCUGUAGAUUUUGCACUGGAUUAUUCAUUUUUAUACUUAAAAAUAAAAUUUGAACAAUUGAGAAGUUAUUUAUGUGUAUUUCAAGUGUUCGGUAGUAUUGAAAUAUUGAGAACAAAAUGGUUUUAGCGGAAAGAAAUUCUGAAAAUGUAAGAAAUGGUAGGCGAUCAAGAGGUCCCAGCCCUAAUCAGUCUGAAUCUUCUAGUGAAGAAGACGGAGUUCCAGCAGAAAAAAUUAGAGUCGGAAGAGAUUUUCAAGUGAUUGUACCAGAAUUUAUUCCAGUAAAUGAACGACGGUUAGAUAAGUGUCCUGACAGAGCUCUUCUAGUAUGGUCACCAACUACGGAUAUUCCAGAUCAAAAAUUGGAUGAAUACAUUGUAUUGGCUAAAGAAAAAUAUGGAUACAAUGGCGAACAAGCAUUGGGAAUGCUUUUUUGGCAUAAACAUAACUUAGAGAGAGCAGUUUUAGAUCUAUCUAAUUUCACUCCAUUUCCUGAUGAGUGGACUGUUGAAGACAAAGUAUUAUUCGAACAAGCCUUCCAAUUUCAUGGAAAAAGUUUUCAUCGUAUACGCCAAAUGCUUCCAGAUAAAUCAAUAGCGAGUCUUGUCAAAUACUAUUAUAGUUGGAAGAAAACGAGAUCCAGAACAUCUUUGAUGGAUCGUCAAGCCCGAAAAUUAACAAGCAGUGGAAAAGAUGGCGAAAAUGGCAGUGAAAAUGGAAGCGAAUUAGGAUCAAAUACAGAUAGUGAAUCCGAAGAAAAAAAAUGGACGAUCCACCGCGGAAUACGCCGUGGAAAAAACCAAACUGUGCCAGGAAGCCAAGGUGCCGACGGCAAAGCCUCUUCCGACUCGGAAAACAUUCCUCAGGUUCAGGGGUCUUGUAGCAACUGCGGUGUUGCUUGUCAUAAUGUUCGUGCAACGCCCAAGGGACACGCGUGUCAUAGCUGCUAUCUGCACUGGAGGCGUACGGGCGUCGCGAGGCCGCUGAGUUCCAUGCCGGGUCGUUCAAAUAAAAGAAAACCCCCGCGAGGACUGGUAGUUAACCAUGACGAUCUAGCUGUUUUGGCUGGCCAGCCUAAUCAGGCAAACAAUAGUUUGCAGGCUAUCGACACUGAAAUUAUUAGCCUUAAACGACAAAUACAGACUAAUAAACAACAAGUCAGCGCACUUAAACGUAAAACUGUUGAUGGCAUUGACGACUUACGUCCACCUGAAGUCACCAAUCGUAUUAAUGCACGGUGGACUAAUGAUGAGUUACUUUUGGCCGUUCAAGGGGUACGCAAGUAUGGAAAAGAUUUUUCAGCAAUCGCAGAUGUUAUUGGAACGAAAACUGAAGCUCAUUUGCGAUCAUUUUUUGUAAAUUAUCGCCGGCGUUAUAAUCUUGAUGCUGUUUUGAAGGAAUAUGAAGCUGAAAAUGGACCGAUUCUUAUUGAUGAUGAAAAAGAUGAAAAAAUUGAGGUUGAACAAACACAAAAUAAUGAAUCUCCCGAAACUUCACAAAGAUCUAAAUCAUCAACUAAUGUUAAUCAAGCUGCGAAAUAACAAAUGUCUUAAUUAUUUACAUGGACAUAUAAAGGUGAUUAAGUCCAUCACGAUCAGUGAUGAUAUUUACUAAAACAAAACCGUUUAAAUUAUAGAUUACUACUCAUGUUAUAAAGUAUCAAGAUUCUUGUUUAAUUUUUUAGUGUUUUAUUAUAUUCUAUUUUCUACUUACAAAGCUACAAUUCAAUAAUAAUAAUAAUACUAUUUCUUUCCUUUUUUUUUAAUUCAAAAUAAUAUUUUAAAAAAUAUAUAAAAGUUUAUUUCUUUUAUUUUUUCGACACUGUUUAUUUAAUUUGAUUUGUUGAAUUUCAUAACAAAAUUUAAAAAUUAGAAAUUGAAUUAAUUUUUAGUUAGGUAUUUCAAAUUUCCAUUAUAGUUAUUAACCAUGUUCUUAGCUUUAUAAUUAGUUGUAAAUGUAUAAAAUUUAUAUUAUGCUUAAGACAAUUAGUAUAUUUAAUUAUAUUGAGAAAUUAAAAACUUAAUAAUUAAAUAUUUCAAGCUGAAAAAAUUUUCAUGCAAUCGUAUAAAUAAUAUUUAUUGAAAUCUAAAGAUUAAUUCAAUUCAAUUAUUUCUCACAUAAACACACAUACACACAGUCGUUUUCGCUUAUUUGUUAAAAAAAUGUUUGAAAAUUAAAAAAAAAAGCACUUAAAGAAAUACUUGAAGAUUUUUUUUUUACUACUACAUUUUCAAUAAAUAUAUAAUUGAAGAAAGUAAUUAUAAAUUGACAUAGAAAUCUAUAAUCUCUAGUAUGCCGGAAUAAAUCAGACUAAUCUAUUAAUUAUAAGUGAAAUUAUUCAUAACAGUGAAUGUGGAUUGAAAGCG